CUGUGAUCUGGGUUUCCCGCCUUCCGUGCCCCUCCAAAGGCGGGGCUUGCUAAGGCUAAGUUAGUAAGGCCAAGUACUACGUGUAGGCCUACCCUAGCCCCUAAGUUUAGGCUCUCUCCGAUUUGACUUGCCAAGUGGCGCCGGUCAUCAUCUCGGGCAUGAUAGCAGAUAAGGGUCCCUGAAAUUCGAGAAGUUGGAACAGCCACAUUUCUCCAGCCCAAGCUUCGCGGUGGACCAUUUUCUCUUUCAUUCGAAUGCCUCACUUAAGUACUUUUUUCUCGAACACGAGAGUCAUGUCGCCUGCACCCACGAAUGACGCACGACCCGGCUGCAAUGCAUGCAAAAGCAAACGUCUCAAAUGUGGGGAGGAACGACCGAAUUGUUUGCGCUGUGUCCGUCGAGGUAUUCCCUGCCCGGGCUACAACACUCCCUUAAAAUGGUCGACGAAGCAUGAGAUGUUCGGCGACCGUACCAAAGGCUGGAAGGACGGCAGAGGAAGACGGAAGUUGAAGCUCACACCGCCCCUGGCCGACCAAAGGCAGCAUUCAGAAGAUGCACGUAUCUCGGCUACUGACCAGGACUCGAAUGACUUUUCUAGCCUUCUGGACCAAGCUGAAGACAUGCACAAUUCAUACUUCUGGCCUGGGACAGCUGAAACAAUCUACUGGCCGUUCGAUCCGAGUCCUCGCGCGGAAGAAAGCGACUACAGCCAGCAUGCUGGUGGUUAUCUCGACCCACAGGCCACAGGACUAUAUGCACGCAAUACUCAGCCAGUGUCUGGAUCGAAUGUGGCCUUUUCGGGGGAGCUACAAGUUCUGGAUAAUAACUGUACGGAUCUAUUUGUUGGGAGCGGACAAGCGGCGGUCGUCAAUGUUGGUGAUGCAGCCGAGCUCACGCAAACAUUGGAUGGCACACGCGGUCUUCAAGCACCUGACCAACAGGGUUUUGGUGAUCCUGUGGCAGCGCCUCCGUCCAGUAGACUGGUGAGCCUUUUGCUCAUCGGAGACGACGAAGACGCAAGGAGAUUGCUAGCAUUGAGCAAGACCUUGAACGAUGACUCUUCUGUCCUUGUGGAAUUCUACUUUAAGGACACGGCGCGACUGUUCUCGUGCUACGAUGGGAACCUCAACCCUUUCCGCACCAAUGUUUCGACUCUUUGGGCGUCAUCUCCACUCAUCUACCACAGCUUAUCGAGUAUGGCUGCAAGCAGUUUAGAUCAGGAUUUCCCACAAUUCAGAGCCAUGGGCCGCGAACACCGGAAACAGGCACUGGUGCUGUUGGAGAAGGAAAAAACAGUCAAUGAGACAAGUCUUUUGGCUAUGUUGAUGCUCGGGGGAACUGCAAGCUGGCACGAUCCACGGGAUAUUGGGACACCGUUCUUCAAUAAGCUAGCCAAGUGUCUUGAGCGCAUGGGAGAGAAUGGACAGCUCAAACAGAACGCGAAGAAUUUCCGCUUCUUCCAGGAAGCUAUGAUGUACUGGGAGAUGUUGCUAUCUUUUGUUGUAGAUAGUGCAGAUCUCAAUCGGACUGGCGGAUCGACUCUGAUCGACGAACGAAGCGAUGAUGCGCGACAAGUUCCUCACCCGUGGACAGGAGUGGCAAGAGAAACACAGUAUCUUGUACAAGAAGUGGGGAGACUCGUUCGACAACAACGAAAAAAGGCACAUCUCCAUCGAUUCACGACGCAGGCCCAUAUCAGGCAAAUGCAGAAAACCCUGUCUCAUGCUGGGAAUCUGGAGAGACAGCUGUUGGCUCUGUCUCAUUCUGCUCCGAAUGAGGACAAUGUCGUGAAUCCCGACGAUCGUGAAACUCCGUUGUGGCACUUGUUGACGCUUGCGGAGGUCUACCGCCGCACAGGUCUCGUCCAGCUCUAUCGUGUCUUCCCAGACCUCCUGUAUGGAAAAGCCAUUUUCGACGGCCUGCAGACAAUCCUUGCUCAUGAAGGUAUUGCUUGCAAGAACGCUGGUGGAAGUGACGAUGUUAGCGAUGUCCCGCCAGCCCUCGCAAACGAUUGGCUUUGUCGCUACACGAUAGCAACGCUUGAACUCCUCAGGACCAUCCCCAUCGAGUCUGGGACCCGAGAUUUCCAGCCCUUUUUGCUUGUGGCUCUUUGCAGCGAGUUACGGAUCGAGUCCGACACUACACAGUCCCUGCCAGUAGGCAAGUCUCCAGCACUUGCAGACGCACAAUUUCGUCGGGAUGCCGACGUUAUAACGCCUUGUAUCGGCCAGCCCACUGCAGAUGCUUUGGCUGCUGUCCGCGCUCGCGGGCUAAUAUUAUCACGACUUAGGUCCUUCCUCCAUGUUCUGCCCCCUCGACCAAUCCAUGUAUGCAUACAAAUAGUCAAGACGAGCUGGGAAAAGAUGGAUGAAGCUGCAGUCCAACGAGCGAUCAGGGUUCGAGCCGCGGCCGGCUCGCAAGAUGUCAACUCGGAUUUGUCAGACAUCAACACUGUUGAAUCUGAAUCAGUUGAAGUUUACUGGUUAGAUGUGAUGAUGCAACACCGGUGGGAAACGACUAUGGCUUAGAAGACAACAGCGCACCGGGUCGUGAGCAAGGAUCCGUCCUGGCCCCCAGGUAAGACCGACAAAGCUAUGAGAUGCAGGAAUCUAUUGCUGCUGCGGCGUCA